AUGGGCGAGGUAUCUGAAACGAUGACGAAGAAGAAGAAGAAGGGACGCCCCUCUCUUUUGGAUCUUCAAAAGCGAUCUCUCAAGAAGGAACAACAACAGAAUCACCACCAUAACCACGGACAAAACAACUCCAAUUCCACCAAUUCCCACUCCAAAAACACCAACGUUGUUCCCCACGACGACGACGACGACGAGCGCAAAGAGAAGAAGCACAAGCUCCUCGUAGGACUCAAUUCACACCUCCACCACCCAACAUUAUUCCCCAAUUCCCAGCCAUUCAAUUCCGAUCCCAAGAGGCGUAAGAUUGACCCUCUCCACUACCACCAAACGGAUGGGAAGGUUCCGAAAGCGACUGACAGUAAACAUGGUUCGCAGGGGGAGUCCGGUCCCACUACACCUUUGCCAGACAAAAAGCUCUUGCUGUUUAUCCUUGACAGGCUUCAAAAAAAGGACACACAUGGGGUGUUCUCUGAGCCCGUGGAUCCAGAAGAGCUUCCUGAUUAUCAUGACAUCAUUAAACACCCGAUGGAUUUUGGAACUGUGAGAAAGAAAUUGGAUGGGGGACUGUAUACUGACUUGGAACAUUUUGAGAAAGAUGUGUUCUUGAUUUGCUCCAAUGCAAUGCAAUAUAAUUCAUCAGAUACCAUUUACCAUCGACAGGCCCGAGCCAUGCAAGAGAUCGCAAGGAAGGACUUUGAGAAUCUGAGGCAAGAUAGUGAUGAUAGUGAACCACAGCCCAAAGUUGUACAGAGAGGAAGGCCACCAGGCAAGCUCUCAAGAAAGUCACUGGGUAUGGCUCCUGCUGAGCGUGUUGGUCCUGAAUCUUCUUCUGACGCAACUCUUGCUUCUGGAGGGGAUAUUGCUAGUGGCUCCAACGGUUAUAAUCUAAGGAAAGGACCAAGCAAAUUUCAGCCUACAGAUUCAUCUGCUAGGGCCUACAACAGCACUUUUAACAGUGGAGGGUAUACUGGCUGGUCUGAAUGGGAGAGCGAAUUUCCAGCUUCUGUUGUAAAAGCUGUGUUAAGAUAUGGAAAGAAGCAGUAUGCAGUUGAUGAGACCAGGCGUGAUUCUUACAAAAUACCAUCGACUUUAGGAAAUGAAGGACCGGUGUUGACCACAGUUGAAGAUGAAGUCAAGCAACUUCUUGCAGUUGGUAUACACAUGAAGCAUAGUUAUGCAAGAAGUCUAGCCCAUUUUGCUGCAGAUCUUGGUCCUGCUGUUUGGAAGAUUGCUGCAAGUAAAAUCAGCAGUGUUUUGCCUGCAGGACAUGAAUUUGGUCCUGGAUGGGUAAGUGAAGAUGACGGGUCACAGAGGCAACACUUCCCAGUUUGUGAUGAGGGUAGAACUUCAGACCCUCCUGUAGCAGCAGAGGAUAGUAGAAGUAGAUUUUCUUCUCCAUCUGGAUCAUUCCCCCUUGCAAAUAGAUCAUGCUUGCAAAGUGGAGACACGGUUAUAAAUAAUUACCAAAAGGAGUUUAAUCCAGCAAUCAACAUUGGUGGUGGGUCUGAGUCCAUAACUCCUGUGAGGAUUCAGCAGGAAUCCAUGCCGCACACUGAUUUUGGUUCACAUGAUUGGUUAGGUUCUAAUUUUUCACCACAAAUGAAGAUGGUAAGACUUGCUGACCUAACUGGGUCUCCGGGUGCUGGGGUUGUUCCUCAAAUGUUUGACAUGGAUCCCAUAAGCAGCCGCAUUGCGCAUACAAGUAUUAAUCCUUCUCUAAUGGGACAAUACGUGAGCAAAUCAAGUCAAUUAGAAUCCGGCAAUUUAUUGACCCGGGAAUCUGGGAUUGAACCAGGAAGUUGGUCUCAAGGGAUUGCUGGAAAAUCAUCUUGGCAGGGAUUAGAAGUUCCCACCAAACAGAAUUCUUUUGCACUGGCUAAUGACUUGAAUGGAAGGAUUGGAACCACAAAUUCACCUAGUAGUUCAAACUUGGAGGCUGGUUCUCAGUUGCAGCCCAAUUUGGCAUUACAGCUCUGA